GCAUCACGAUGACCGGGCUGUCUGUAUGCUUCACACGGCGUCUCUCUGCGGCCAUGGUAACACUUCUGCCACCACCGAACGGCCGAUUUAAACAGUGCACCCCAUUUACAAACAAAUUACAUGAAGCAUGAAUUUGGCAGAGAUUUGUGACAAUGCCAAAAAGGGCCGUGAAUAUGCCUUGCUGGGGAACUAUGACUCCUCCGUUGUUUACUACCAGGGCGUCAUCCAGCAGAUCCACAAGCACUGUCAGUCCCUCAGGGACCCUGCACUGAAAGUCCGAUGGCAACAAGUCAGGCAGCAGCUGACGGAGGAAUACGAACAGGUGAAGGAAAUCAUUGGGACCCUGGACAGCUUCAAGUGUGAGAAGCCGUCUGACGUCCUGCUUCCUCAGCUGGAGGAGCGGCAGGAGGACCCGGCCGUUUGGCCCCCACCCGUCCCUGCUGAGCACAGGAAUCCUGUUGCAGUGAAGCGGCCCAACACAGGAGUGAAGCAACCACAGAAGAAGGACUCGCCGGGCCUGCAGCACCGGGGCGGAGGAGCAGGAGGCCGCGCUCAGGCCAACGCCAAAGCAGACCGGCCCGGGAACAGAGAGGGCCGCGGCACCAAGGCCAAAGACGACAAGGGAAAGAAAGGAGAUGCCCAGGGCGAUGUGGAACAGAAGAAGUUCGACAGCACCGGCUAUGACAGCGACCUGGUGGACUCUCUGGAGAGGGACAUCGUGUCUCGUAACCCCAACGUCCACUGGGAGGACAUUGCUGAUCUGGAAGAUGCUAAAAAGCUGCUGAGGGAAGCGGGAGUGUUAAUGGUCGGCCCACCGGGAACCGGGAAGACCAUGUUAGCCAAAGCCGUGGCCACAGAAUGCGGGACUACGUUCUUCAACGUGUCUUCCUCCACCCUGACGUCCAAAUACAGAGGCGAAUCUGAGAAACUAGUCCGCCUUCUGUUUGAAAUGGCCAGAUUUUACGCGCCGACAACCAUCUUCAUAGACGAGAUCGACUCCAUCUGUGGCAGGAGAGGAACAUCUGAUGAGCACGAAGCCAGCCGCAGGGUCAAAUCCGAGCUUCUGAUACAGAUGGACGGUGUCGGGGGUGCCCUGGAGAAUGAUGACCCCUCAAAGAUGGUGAUGGUGCUGGCUGCUACAAACUUCCCCUGGGACAUCGACGAAGCCUUGCGGCGACGCCUGGAGAAGCGGAUCUACAUCCCCCUUCCUACAGCUGUGGGGCGUGUGGAGCUUUUAAAGAUCAACCUGAGAGAGGUGGAGCUUUCUGCCGAUGUGGACCUGGACCUCAUAGCCGAGAAGAUCGAGGGCUAUUCAGGGGCCGAUAUCACCAAUGUCUGCAGAGACGCCUCCAUGAUGGCAAUGCGACGUCGAAUUCAAGGCCUGAGCCCCGAGGAGAUCCGAGCACUGUCCAAGGACGAGCUGCAGAUGCCCGUGACCAUGGAGGACUUCACCCUCACCCUCAAGAAGAUCUCAAAGUCUGUCUCUGCCGCAGACCUGGAAAAAUACGAAGCCUGGAUGGCCGAGUUCGGGUCAGUAUAGAGGCCGGCGGCACGCGGACCGAAGAGGGCGGACGGCUUUGUGGAGAUGGAAGAACUCCAGCAUGUGAGGAGCAAAGCAUAUCAGGGAACCGCGGAAUUCACAUGAGGAAACUGGUGCCUUUGGGAGCACGUGAGCCAAAACUUACAGCUCCUUCAUUCCUGCACUCUCACACGGAUGAAUGCCUCAGACUGAGUAAACCUUAAAUGUAAAGAGCAGUCUCACACGAGUGAGAAGAACUCUUUCUGCAUCAUGCAUCUCCAUCCAUCUCAUGCAAGAAUUAAUAUUGUCUUUAACUGCCUCCCAAAAAUUGGGGGAUGGAUAAGAUAUUAACUCUUUCACGUCUUCCUGACAGAAACUAACAUCUAAAAGUACAAGAAAUGUAGCGGUGUACGUAUGUUAAUACAUAUUUGAGUAUAUGUGUGUUUAUUAAACGGUGAGUAAUAAGAGAGCACAGCUGCAGACAGAAUAUUUGUUUAAGGUCUCACUAAAAUCUGCAAACCAAACCAAACCCAUCCCUGACUAUGAUGAAAAUAAUGCCUAUUUCUCAAAAAGUCCAUGUCACGUGAUUCACAACCGCACCUGUUGAUGCCACUGGUUGACAAAUCUGCUGCUGCACGUGGCCUUUUUUAUGAAAGGAAAGCUCCCCUUCCCUUGUUUUUCCAUUACCAUAGCAACAGCACAUCAUCAGUUGGGUAAAAGUGACCUGUCCCACGGCGAUCUGAGCUCAGCUGGCAUCCCCUCCAACGCUUGGUGAAUUCUGCUUCACAGUUUUAGGGAGAGCCGACAACGAAGGAUUGAUUAAGUCUGGAUGAUUUUUUUUUUUUU